AUGGGGAGCGGAAAUGGUAAGAAUAAAGUCAAAAAUGAUAAUAAAAGCUAAAAUAAUUCAAUUCCAUAAGCAUAAAAUUAGAAAAAUUACAAUGCUGUCUAAAACUUUAAGAGAAAAAUAGAUGAAGAGUUCUAAAGCAAUAAUAGUCAGAGUGAAAGCGAUUAAAAAUCUGUAUCAUAAAAUGAAAUGUAUAAUUAAGACUUUAAAAACUAGAAACCCAAUUUGAAAAGAUUUAGUAUUAGUUAAUAAAUACAGCUAUCUAAAAAGGAGGAAUAUAGAAUAAAUAAUUCUCUAUAAAUAUUCGUAAAUAAAAAUAAUGAAACAGGCCUUUAGCAAAGAAAAUAAACUUAAUAGAUAAAUUUGAGAUAAUAAUUAUAAAUCCCUAAAUAGAGACAGUAUCGAAAUAAAUUAUAAGAAGAGGAAGAAGAAGAAGAAAAAUAGAUUGAUUUUAGAGCAGCUGUAUCAGAAUAGAGUUAUGAAGGAGAUAAAAAAAGCAUAUAAAACUCAAUACAAGCACCAAAAUAAAAGGUUAGAUAAAUGAAUUAUUUUAAUAAUCUAUAAAUAAAUGGAAGUAGCUUGUUUAAAUCAUCAAGAAAAAUUUAAACUGUUAACAAUUUCACUGAAGAUUAUUCAAGGCACUAAAAGAAAUUACUUCUUUAGUCUAUGAAAAAUCUUUAAAAAGCUAACGAAAACGAUGAUAAUGAUACUAGCAGCUAUUAGUCAAGCGCUUAUAGCAAAAGUAGUCCCAAAAGCAAAAAAGUGUCAUCUAAUAGCCCUCAAUAGAAAACUUCUUGUAUGAAUACUCCUCUUAGCUUAAAAAAAAUACAAAUAUAAAAAGGAAAUGGAAAUGGAAACCAUGCUUCUUUUAGCAGAGACAAAUUAAAAAAAUUCUCUUAAAAAACAGUAAAAGACCUUCUGGAAUAGAAUAUUUUCAAAAUUUAAAACAGCUAAAAGGAAAAUUUUGAAACAGAAUAAGAUUAAGAUACCACAAGCCUUAAUCAAUAGAUUAAUUAGAAAUAAGAAACAUGGAUUCAUGCUUCCAUUUCUAAAAUUUCCUCUUCCCCAGCAAGUGAAAAAUUUUUGUAAGAAAGUAAUCAUAGUUAACAACAACUUAAAGGUAACAAAUAAUAUUAAUAACUUGGCAGCUUAGAUUCAUAAAACUAAAAUAUUGUUGAUGAGAGAAACACACUAGCAACAUCAAAGAUUCUAUAAAAAUCAAAUGAAGUUACUUCUUAAACACUAAAAACUAGAUAAGAUUUGGAUAACCCUAUUACAAGUCAUGCAUCAGAAAGUACAUUUAAAAAGCAUGCCCAUCUAAAAAGAGAUAGAUUGAAUUAAGAAAUAGCUUCUCUUUAAGAUAUUUCCCAGUAGAAUGAAAAGGAUUUUAAGGCAUUCUAAAAUGAUGAUAGUUAGCAAGAAUAAGAUAUGCUGCAAUCUAAAAGAAUUAUUAUAAGACCUACAAGUUAAAUUAUUAACAGUUACAGAAACAUCCAAUCCUAAAAUUCCUUACAAGAAAAAGAAAUAGAAGAAGACAGUACUGAGUUAAAAAAUAUGAAAAUAAAUUAAUAUUAAAAUAGUGGUGAGUAUUAAGAGGAGGUGGAAGAGGAGGAAUAAGAAGAAGAAGAAUAUUUAGAUGAUGGUAAUGAUUAAGAAAAUGAAAAUGUUUAUAACAACUUUAUAGAUAUGCAAAAUAGUUAAAAGAAGCGUCUAACAAAAGAUGAAGGUUUAAACAUAGAAUAAAACUAUGAACUUUAGGAAGUAGAAGAAUUAAAUGAUUCUUUGUUGACGACAUAUGAUAUUGGAUACAUAGACUUUAACAACAAUUUAAAAUCCCAUGAAAAUGAAGAUUAAACCUCUAAUGAAUUAAAAACUACAUUUAAAUCUAAAAAAAAUAUUACUUAUUUAUCGAAUGAUUUAUAGCCAAAGGUAAAAAGAGUUUAUGUCAGGAGUGUUUUGUAAUAAAUGCAUACAUUUCAAUAUUACGGAUAAAAAAAUUUUAAAUUUGAAAUGGUUAUUGGUGAGGUUUAACAAGCAGCUUAUUUUCAAAAAUAUUUAAAAUAGAAAAUUAAACAUUCAGAUAUUUAAAAGAACGAUUAAUCAUAUUAAUCUGCUGAUUCUGAUUCUGAAUAAUAGGAAAGAAUAAUUCCUAAUAUAAGCGCUUUUGCUCCUAAAAAAUUUAGAGUUGUAGGUGGCACGAUGUACGAUUAAGAGUUUUAAUAAAAUAAUUAAUUAAGGAAUGCUGUUAGUGACAUGGAAGAUUCUUAACUCUUUAUCAAUAGAAAAAAGUAUGUUAAAGAUCUGGAUAAAUUAAGUAAAUUUGGUGUUUCUGUUUGCUCUAGAAAGGGUAACAAAGAAGAAGACAUCUAAAUAUAAAGUGAUUAUAUUUAUUAUAGAGAUCGAUUAACAUCUAUUUUUGGUGUUUUUGAUGGGCAUGGUCCUUUUGGGUAUUAAAUAAGUAAUAUUGCUUAUAAGUUACUUCUUACCAAAUUUUUGAACUCUCUCAAUUCGUUUGUAAAUCCUGAACUUGCUCUAAGACAAAUUUAUAGAAAUUUAUCGAAAGAUAUCAAUAAAAUAAUUUAAUAAGAAGGGAUAGUAGCAAAUUAAUUUAUUAGUGGAAUUAGUUGCACUUUUAUUGUGAAGAGAAAAAAUAAUUUACUAAUAAGUCAUGUUGGUGAUACUAAAGCUUUCGUCUUUAAAAAAAAUGUAAAUUUGAAUAAAAAAGAUAAAAUUUUGGCUGUUUAGCUGACUGAAGAUCACACUCCGAAUAAUAUUUAAGAGAGAAACAGAAUUUAUAGAGAACAUGGAGAAGUUAAGAGAUCGUAAGAUUUUUCAGAAAAAAUAUUUGUAAGAGGAAGAGAUUAUCCUGCCAUUCAUAUUACAAGAUCGAUAGGAGAUCUGAUAGCAUAAUAGAUUGGGGUAAUAAGUGAGCCUUAUAUCAGACAUUAUGAUAUUGAUAUAAAUGAUAGCUAUUUAUUAAUAGGAACAUAAAGUCUUUUUGAUUUGAUAAACACUGAAGAAAUUUGGUAGGUAAUAAGUCCAUUUGAAGGAAAUAAUGUACUUGAAGCAAGCAAAUAUUUAUAGAGUCGUGUUAAAUAAUUAAAAAAACAACACCCUCAAAUGAGCGAAGAUAUAACAUUUGUUCUUUAGUAUUUAUGA